AGGCAAACUUGUAAAUUACACAAACAAACUGAAAAUGUUCAAUCACAGUUGGGAUACGUAGAGAUGGAUAACUCUAAUUAAAGAGUUUGUUCAAUUUGGACCUGAUCUAUCCUAAUGUCCCACAAUCUAUCGCAAUUACCACUGUCCACCCAUUAUCUUGUUGCAGAUUCCUGCAAAACUAAUCCAGCUACUCUUUUUUUCUAGUGAAUGUACUGUAAAAUGCUAUCAAAGCUGGAUCCAACAUGAAGUCAAAAUUAAAAUGAACAAUAUAGCAAGGCUACUGAAAGAUGGACAAUAAUCAAAGAAUCUGGACCUGAUCUAUCCUAAUGUCCGGUCACAUUUCUGUGUUACCAUUGUCCUCCCACUGCUUUUCUUGCUUCUCUGAGAAGCUUAAAGAUUUAUUAGAAAAGCACAGAAUGAAAGAAGAGCCAAACAUGCCUCAAUAUUCCAAGAGAUCAGCAAACAUAAAAUUCUGAGCUACAAAGCAAAACUAACAAUCCUUUUCAUUGCCUUCUGCUGUUUUACGAACUGUUUUUUUUUUCCAGUGGACCACAAACAUGGCCAAACCCUGCAGGCGACACAGUGGUCUGAUCAGCUCAGAUGGGAAUGCGAAGGGUUAAGGCACCAAGAAAAUAGCCAACCACUGCCUGCACUGCGCUUCUGCUCUUUAACGUGGCAGAACACAUCCCAGAGUCUUUAGAUACAAUGGGGACGAGGCUGCGAAUGCUGAUAUCAGCAGUCAUAUUUGCAUCAUGGGUGCUCUCAGCAUCUGGUGCACACUAUCACACUCACAGGCAUCACAGACUGGAGGAUGUAGCACUUACUGAGGAAAUCGAUGAAAGGGCACAGAGGAAUAAGAGAGCGACAGAUGACAGCUACGCCCUUCUGCCUGCCGACACCCCCGGUGACUCUAGCACAGUGCCCCCUGUAGGAGACCCUUCAGACCUUCCAACUUGUCUACUGUGUGUGUGUCUAACUGGAUCUGUCUACUGCGAGGAGGUCGACCCAGAUAUGACAUCAGUGCCGGCUCUGCCAAAGGAGACAAACUACCUCUACGCUCGGUACAACAAGAUAAAAAAGAUAACAGCCAAAGAUUUCGGAGAUAUCGUGACUUUGAAGAGAAUCGACUUCACUGGAAACAUAAUUUCUGAGAUUGAAGAUGGUGCGUUUGCUAAGCUUACCAUGCUAGAGGAGCUCUCGCUAGCCGAAAACCAGCUGGUCAAGUUACCAAUGCUACCGGCAAAAUUAGUCUCCUUCAAUGCUAAUCACAACAAACUGAGGACCAAAGGAAUCAAGUCAAAUGCUUUCAAGAAAUUAAGCAAACUGGCACAUCUGUAUCUUGCUCAUAAUGAACUGGAGGCCGUUCCUCUCAUUCCAGAGACUGUCCGCACACUUCACCUUCAGAACAAUAACAUUUCAAGCGUGACCGUGGACACCUUCUGCAAAAGUAAUGACACAUACUACAUCCGCCCCAACAUGAACGAGAUCCGUAUGGAUGGAAAUCCCGUCAUCCUCGGCCAGUACCCCACCAGUUUCAUAUGCCUGCAGUCUCUGCCAAUUGGGCGAUACCAAUGAAAACCGAAUCAAAGGUACUCCACAGUGAGAAGUCCUUGGAUAGCCAAUGAUGAUGGCUAAAACCGAGAAGCAAAAGUCAUUCAAUCUCCUAGUGCCUGAGCACAGAUGAGUGUACAAAAAGUUAAUACCAUGAGAAUCUGUAUUAUAUAUCUAAUUAUGUAACAGCUGCCCAAACACUUAGAUUUCCUUUUGAUAUUGACUUUGUAGAUGAACCUAAACCACAAGUCUUUGAACUAAUAACUUUAUAUCCAUUGUAAAUAACCAACGGAGGCUACUGCUUAGUAAAAUGUGAGAUCAUGAAAAGCUGCAGUCAAGCUUCUAGUAUUCCUCAGAACUCUGUGAAUUUCUGACACUUUCUAGUACUGUUAAAAUGUCUUACUUUGGCUGAAAUUAAGAUGCCUGCUAAGUUAAAUAGAGGGCGAGGAACUCAUUCCAAGUUCCAAGUCACUGUUCUUUCCCAGCUGACUUUUACUUUAAUAUUUUGAAUAUUUAUAUGCUAAAUUUGUAAUUACUACCCAUGUGUGAAUUAAACAUGAAUAGACUGUACAGUAAAACAUUGUAUGAAAUCAACAUGUAAUGUUCACUUUAGUUGUUCAAAUACACUUUUUUUUUCUAAAACCUUGUGACUGGUUUGCUUUUAUCUUUUAUAACAACUAUGUCAGACAGCAGUUAAAGCAAAGAAAAAAAAUGCAGUUCCAAAAAGAGACCAAAACAACUGUCUGCAAAUUGCAAACCAAUCAAACCCAAAGAUUGUGCAUGCAGAAAGUUCUGGAAAAAGUGGGGUAAUAUUGUUCCAUUUAACUGGCCAAAUUGGCAGCCAUUACAGCACAAUGGUCCAAGCGGAAUGUUUUUCAUACUGACUCGAAGGCUUCAUUCCCAAACUUUCACUGCCAUCGAGUCAUGGAAUUUGUUCCCAAUCUGGCAUUUAGCAAUCUUUCUCAUACUUAUGAAAGUCUUAUGAUAUGUGCAU